AAUAUUGAUUCAGUCUCGAGUUCAGCGUCCCGCGGACAGCACGAGGAAAAACGUAUCCCGCGACAUCUCCCUUGGUGAAAAUUACUUCGGUUCUCUGCGGCACAGUCCCCUUUCAGAGCCUAAUCCCGCGAAAAUGACUUUGAAUUUUGAUAUUGUGGGUGGCGAGACAAAAGCGAGACUUCUCGCAGCCUUUCCCGGCUAUAGCGAAGGUUUUGUGAGGUGUCAGCCUGGAAACUUGUUAAUGCCUUUGUUUUUCAAAAAAGACUGGCAAACUUAUUUCAAUUUUCAGCUGAGGAAUGAAGAUGUCUUCAUCCUUUCUUUCCCAAAAUCAGGUACAACUUGGACCCAGGAAAUGGUUUGGCUUAUAGCCAAUAACUGUGACUUCCAAGGUGCUAAAAAGUUACUUCGUGAGCGUGUUCCAUUUUUAGAAGAUCGCACUUUAGGAACUGAGGAUAGUCUAAAAAUGUUUUUAGAAAUGUCAAAAAAGGAAUCAGAGUCGUCUGUGUCUUCUGAUAUCAUAAUUGAACCAAACUACAUUGACGCCUUGCCAUCCCCUCGUUAUAUCAAAUCUCAUUUACCGUUGUCAUAUCUGCCACCCAAUUUAGUCGACAGCUGCAAAGUUGUUUAUGUCGCACGGAAUCCGAAAGAUGUUGCUGUGUCCUGGUAUUUUCAUCACCUGCUUGAUCCCAUUAUGAACACCAACCUAACGGUGGAAGAAUUUGUCGAGUUUUUUAUCCGUGAUGAAGUUUUGUACGCACCAUAUUGGACUAAUUUGAUUGAUGCUUGGAACAUGCGGAACCAUCCAAAUUUCCUGUUUCUUUUCUAUGAAGAUUUAAAAAUGGACCUUCCCGCCCAACUUCAACGUAUUUGCCGUUUUCUUGGCAAAGAAGAACUGACAGUUGAUCAAAUCAGUGCUUUAGCCAUUCAUUUGAAAUUCGAUAAUUUUAAAGUUAAUCCAUCCGUAAACGCACAAGAACUGCAAGAGGCGGGUUAUUUCAAGAAAGAUGGCAAUUUUAUACGAAAAGGUCAAAUUGGCGACUGGAAGAACUAUUUUGGUGAGAGAUUAAAUAGUCAAUUCGACGAAUGGAUUGAAAAAUGUACGCAAGGAACGGAUCUAAAAUUUCCCCAGUAAUGCUUUCUAUGACGCAACUACUAUGGAAGGUCGAACUUCAUAUUUCCUUACAUAGUGACUAUGAGUUCUAUACUGAACAAUAAAUUACUCAGUCAAUCAUUAAA